UCUGGCUGAAAAACCCAAUUAUAUUGAUUAUUUUAUUUUGGUAAGGUGUAAACAAUCGCCAAAUAAAAAUUUAAAAAAAAAACUUCUUUUCAAAUGUUUUAAAUUAAAACUCAAACAAUGAAUGAAUAUCAAUCGAAUAAAAUUCAUAAUAAUCAUCAAUUAAAUACCAAAGAAGAUCAUCAUCAUCAAAUGGCUGCUUCUUAUACUGAAAUUGCAUUUCAAUCAUCAAGUCGAAAUAACCAAGAAGAAGAAGAAGAAGAAGAAGCCAAUGAUGACCAUGACGACGACGGUGACAAUGAGAAUGAUGAUAAAUCCAACAAAGAUAAUUUAAUUGAACGUUUCAAUCAAAUGAAUAAUGAUGAAUACAAUAGCAAUCAUGUUAAUGAUAUAAAACCACAAAAGAGACCGGUAACGUUACUAUGUGAAAAAUCUUUUCCAUACGAUUUGGAAGGAACGGUUCGUAGAGAAGGUGAUAUGACACAUUUUGUUGCUGAAAAUCUUGAAUAUAAAAUCAAAUUAUCAAGUCCAAUUGCUAAACGAGACAUGAGUCAACCAAACUUUUCCUCAAAAAAUAGCACACCAUCCACCUCAGCUGGAAUUAUACAAAAGCAUUUUCUUCAAUCGCAGCUAGCUCAAAUCGAUUCCAAUGUUUUGACUGACAUCGAAAUCGAUGCUCAAUACUUAGCAGCUUCCGUUGAUAAUCUCACAGAAAAUCUUUAUAAUUUACUACAUUCAGUUUCAUCAAUUACAGCGGAUAAUGUUGAAAUUCAUAAAAAUUCUGUUAAUAAACUAACCGAUAGCAUGGAUUCUAAUAUCAAAUGUAUGUACACAAUAAUGGCAAAAACGGAGGAAAUAUCCAAGUCAAUGAAACCAACCGAACAACUAGCAUUGCGAAUUCGUGAAAUCAAGAGGCUAGUGGACAUGUUGGAAAAUAGUUUGUAAAAGGCUAAAAAGCCUCGCUUUAAAUGUUUUUUUCUUUAUGUUUUUAAAUUUUUACAGA